CACACACACACACACGCUCACAGGAUCAAACACGCCUGCCUGUUCUGCCUGGAAGGAUAGUGGGCCGUCCCUCACAUACUGCCUGUACCAAGUGUUUCAAUCUCCUCAACCACAGGUGAGUUGUUGCCACUCACCCAGAGGAUAUCAAGCGGAACGGUCCAAAAUGGGGAAGUUGUCCUUGCUUCAGCUGAUAGUCUCAAUCAUGGUUGCAUUAGCACUGGCACAUGAUACUGGCAACUAUACAAUGAACAAGCGGGAAAAGAGGGAGCUGCUGGUGCGUUCCAAAAGAAGGUGGGUCCUGUCCACCAUUGAGCUAGUGGAGGAGGACCCUGGACCUUUUCCCAAGAUAGGCACACAGAUAUUCAACGAUAGAACGCCAAUGCUCAAAAACAACUACCAGUUCCGUAUAAGUGGAACCGGAGUGACCGAGGAACCGAUUGGCGUGUUCUCCAUCGGCGACACGGACGGAGUGGUUUAUGUACACAAGUCCAUCGACAGGGAGACAUACCCCAUCUUUCAUAUUAAUUUUGACAUCAUGGACAAGGAGACUGGUAAUCCCGUGGACAGGACUCUGGGGUUUGACGUGGCGAUUAAGGACAUCAAUGACAAUGCGCCUUACUUUGAGAACCUUGUCACGAAAGCCAGUGUGAAAGAAAGUUUACCAGAGGGCUAUCUGCCAGUGCCUCUGACAGCCAGGGACAGGGAUGAGGCGAACACAGAGAACUCCACCAUCAGUUUAAGGGUGUUGUCUCAGGAGCCAGCUGAGCCCCAGAUCAACCUGAAGCAGGUGGAGGGCACCAAGAUGAGCCAGCUCACCUUCACCGGCUGCUUCGACUAUGACAAAGUAAAGAUGUAUAAAGUGGUUGUUGAAGCUAAGGAUCACGGGAAACCAGCCCUGUCCUCAACUGCAGUGGUCAACCUCCACAUAAUGGACUCUAACACUCACCAGCCAGUGUUCAAAAACAAGACGUACAAUACUCAGGUUAUGGAGAUGGAGUCCAAUAGGGAGAUACUCCGAGUGGCUGUGACUGAUGCAGACACCCCCAACACCCCCGCAUGGCGGGCUGUUUACUCCAUUGUUAAGGGGAACGAGGAAGGGAACUAUAAGAUUGAGACCGACCCCAAGACCAACGAGGGUAUACUGACUGUCAUCAAGGGGAAGGAUUUUGAGAAGACGACGGUGACCAACGUGGAGAUCGCUGUGGAGAACGAGGAGCCUUUGUUUGUGUGUGGCUCAGGAGGGCCCAACUCCCCUAAAACCCUGACCGCGCUCCCUCAGACGGUGAACGUGGCGGUGAAGGUGAUUGACGUGAACGACCCCCCGGAGUUUGACAAAAAGGUGGUAAACGUGUACGUGAAGGAGGAGGAGGUGACAGGGAUGUUGCUGUACACGCCCAAGGUCACCGACGUUGACUCAGAUGUGGGAAAAAUCAGGUAUGAGUUAGUUGAGGACCCAGCAGGCUGGGUCAGCAUAGAUAACAAGACAGGAGCGGUUACUACAGUGAAGAAAAUGGACCGGGAGUCACCUCACGUCAACAAAGACAACAUAUACACUAUCCUAAUCCAUGCCAUAGAUGACGGCAAACCUCCUGCCACAGCUACAUGCACCAUUCUGGUUCACCUGGGGGAUAUCAAUGAUAACAUACCCUCUUUGGUGGAGAAGGAGCUGGUCUUGUGUGGUAACAAAGUGAUUGUGCCAGUAGAAGACAAAGACAAACCUCCCUUUGGAUGCCCCUGUUCCUUCUCCCUGGGAGUGGACAAUGGAGACAAAACACUGAAGAGCCACUGGAAACUGGACCCUGCCAAUGGUAUGGAGGCGGGUCUGGUCAGUCUGAAGACCCUGCCGUACGGUAACUACACGGUGCCUCUGGUGAUCCUCGACCAGCAAGGCCAGGAGGCACAUGAUAUUGUCCAGGUGAUAGUGUGUGACUGUGGGAAAGGAGACAAGUGUAGGGCCUCUCUCCCCCGGAGCUCCAGCCUGGGCUCUGCCGCUAUAGGACUGCUGAUGGCUGGACUGCUGCUCCUCUUAUUGCUACUGCUUUUCCUCCUGCUGUGUGAGUGUGGCGGUAAGACGUUCACACACCUCCCCCUCAACCUGCAAGAAGAGGGCAACCAGACUCUCAUCAAAUACAACGAGGAGGCAGGGGGCAGUGCAUGCAAGGGUGAGCCCAUGUUGAUCCUGACCCCCACCACUCCUAACAGGGAAGUGAUAGAUGGAAUGAAGCAGGCCACCCCAGGCAUACCGUUUAUUCAGAAGACUAAUGAGAUGACCCAAGAGACCAAUGAGAUGUACAGAACCACAGGGAGGACCAUUGUCACCCAGGUGUCCUCGUCAGGAGAGGGAGGGUUCUCAGGAGGGGGAACAUUCCAGAGAAUGGGCGAGGCCUACGGAACUCUGAGAAGCCAGGGUGGGCGGGGCAUGUACCAGACUACAAGCAGGAACAAUACCAUGAGGAGUAACUCUUCGAGGUAUUCCCGCUUGCUGUCAAACCAGCACAUCUCAGAGCACAUAGACCGGAAGCUGUAUAUGAUUGGAGACGAGGUGGACUACCAACCCUACGGGUAUGGCUACGAGGGGACAGGCAGCAAGUGCCAGUCGCUGGACGAGCUGUCGCUAAACAACCUGGAUAACAACCUGGAUUUCCUGGGGGACCUGGGGUCAAAGUUCAACACCCUGGGGGGCAUUUGUCAGCAGGACAUGCAGGAGAAAAACAUCAGGCUGUAGACACGCACGCACAUGAACACAUGCAUGCACGCUCACACACACACACACACACACACACACACACACAAACAAAAACACAAACACACACAGCUGGCUGGACUGGGACUGGAGAUGGUUCUAACGUAACUGCGCUAUGACACUGAUAGGGUGAGAGCCAUCAGCUGGAGAAGAGGACACAGUUACACCAAACAUCGUCCACUGAGAUUCUGGAUCAUGCUUUGCGUCAUAUACGACAGAGGGAAAAAAAACAUGCUGGAUUGGAUUUUACCCACACAAGGAGGAACUGGGAGAGACACUUUUGAUAUUUUGGAUGUCUGAAGACUAAGUGAAUAAUGACCUCACUGCACUGAAUAAACCACAUCAUGCUCGGAUGGAUUUAUGGAUUUAUGGAUUCAUGUUUUGACAGGGUCGGGGUGUGUUUGUAUGGUGAUUGUUUUGCAGCGGUGUAAAGUAAGUACUUAAGCACAAAUACUUUAAAGUACUUUACUAUUUAUAUUUUUGACAACUUUUACUUUUAGUCCACUACAUUACUAAAGAAAAUAACGUCAUACAUUUUCCCUGACACCCAAAAGUACUCGUUACAUUUUGAAUGCUUGGCAGGACAGGAACAUUUUCCAAUUCACACAAUUGUCAAGAGAACAUCCCUGGUCAUCGAUAGCGCCUCUAAUCUGGCGGACUCAAUAAACACAAAUGCUUUGUUUGUAAAUAAUGUCUGAGUGUUGGAGUGUACCCCUGGCUAUCCGUACAUUUCACUGGGUGACUUUCACGUUUACUUGAGUAAUUUUCUAUUAAGGUAUCUUUACUUUUGCUCAAGUAUUACAAUUGGGUACUUUUCCACCACUGUUGUUUUGAUGUUUAACGUGUUUUUUUAUCAUCACGCUUCACAGUAAUUUUCAGCAGCAGCUUAUCAUCUCUUGAUCUACUAGUUAUGCCAGAAUGGGAUAACUUCAAUGCCAACAGUUGGAUGGAAAUGUCAACAUCACCUCUGUGGGAGCUUUACUAUUGUGCGAAUGAUACUUCAUAACCUCUCUCUGCUUAGGAUAAUGAUUUACACAUGUUGCUUUCAACUAAUUUCAUGACCUCCCUGGAGUAGAAUCCCACAAGGUAUCUGGUAGUAUAGAAUUGGGACACAGCAGAUUCAGGAGAACAAUUGAUAGCUAUUUUGGAAUCAUCACCUAUCUGCAGAAAAGUGACAAUGCCUAACCAUGGCUAACCUGAGAGCCUGGAACCAGUGUGUGCCCUGCCCUCACCAAACCUUUAAGAGCAAUCAAAGCUGUGCUGUUGUGUUUCCUAAACAUAAUGUAAAGGUUCACUGUAUAAUACUAGACUUGGUUUCUUCACUUUUGCGCACUGGUCUUUUUUUCUUUUUGACUUGCUUCUCUUUUAUUCCCUGCUAACGUCCACUGCUAUAUAUAUCAAUAUAUCAAAAUGUUUUUGUUUAUAUUUCAAACUUGAUUAAAGUGUGCACGUCAUGGAAAA